UCUGUGCUGCAGAUGGAGAAAUUACAUUGAAGAUGGCGGAUUUAUACAGCUGUUCCUAUAACGCCUGACUGACAAGGUUCUCCUGGCCGGUGCUGAGCUCUCGGGUUCUACAUACUGAUCGCCUCCGUCUUAUGUUUCGUUCUCGACGGUCUCUCCCCGCCCGGCAACUUUGGAGACAUCGCUGCACCACGAAGAGCCGGGGUCCGGGGGAAGGGGCACCCCCCAGCCCCGAGGACCUCCACCAUGCCCUGCGGCCGGCCGCCCACCAACUUUUCAAAAAGCUGAAAGACGAACAGCUGUGGCAGCUGGCGGAAGCCGUGGAGAGCAAGGGACGCUGGGACUGCGGCUGUGUCUGGUUCCCACUUGAGGUGAGGUCGGGGAAGCAAGCCUUGGCGCCGUACGUCCUCCUGUGUAAGCUUUACCGCUGGCCAGACCUGCGCAGUGCCUCCGAGGUAAAGAGGCUCAUCCAGUGCGAGAAUUACUGGAGGAAGGACGGAGAGGGCACCUUCAUCUGCUGCAACCCUUACCACUUCAGCCGACUGGUGAUUCCAGAACCGAUUGCUCCAUUGUCCUACAAGGCAAGAGAUACUGUUCAGCCUGCACUGUCCAAGCCGCUUCACUCCAUCACCAACCAGGAGAGCACAUACUGCAAUGUCCGCGGUAUACAUGACACGACACUCUCUAGGGGUUCGCACAAAGAUGGCCACUGGUGUAAGCUGGCCUACUGGGAGCACCGGACCCGCGUAGGGCGCCUCUACAAUGUCACGGAACCCUCCGUACAGAUCUUCAAUGACCUGCCCAAAGGAAGUGGCUUCUGCCUGGCUUUCCUGGGCUCCGAUAGCCGCAACGAGACCGUGAAACGCACGAGGAAGAAGAUCGGCCAGGGUCUGAUCCUGAGCCGUGAACAGGAUGACGUGUGGGUCUACAAUCGCAGCGAUCACCCGGUUUUCAUCAACUCGCCCACCUUGGCCCCCGUGAAUGCCCGCGGGCAGUCCGUACACAAGCUGCUGCCAGGUUAUUCCAUCAAAGUGUUUGACGCUCAGCAAGCUGCGAGAAUCUCGGGGUGCUACAUGCUGGGCGAAGGGCCCUGUGACCUACACAGUGUCCGGAUCAGCUUCACCAAGGGCUGGGGUGGCUGCUAUUCCCGCCAGUUCAUCACAUCUUGUCCUUGCUGGCUGGAGAUUCUGCUCAGCACCCCAAAAUGAGGCGCCGGAGCUUGGGGGGGGUGGGGGGGGCAAGGUCUUUGU